UUGCGUCGCCCCCGCAGAUAGAUUAUUGUCCUUCCGUUAGAUUCAAGAGAGGAAAAAUCGGUGAUUCCGGGGAAAUACCGAGGUGCGGUUUUGUCGUAAUGGUGGCGGAAGUAAACGAGCUUGGAUAGAAAAAAAAAUUGUGCUGUAAAUCAGGUUACCAAAGUAACGUUACUCUCACAACAAAAAUCUAGUGAACGUGUAAAUUAAUGUGUUUUGACGAUAUUGUGGAUUGGUUUCCUCUCUAAAUUAGCAUGUAAUUAAACUGCCACAACAAAGGGAACGAUUCUAUGUACAGUCGGUGGCUUCGCGUAAUCGGAUGCAUCACAUCAGGCGGAUGCACUCUAACGUCCCCGGAAAUGGCUGAAGAUUACGUCAAGGAUUGUGUCCGAUGGCUGAAGCCAGGAAUUAUAAAUUAAAUAAUAAAUGAUAAAAUUCCAUCAAAAUGAAUAAAACAUUCCAAAAUUUGAAUGCUUGAGACGAUUGUUUCAAAAGUUAGGAAUGUAGCGGAUCUCACUGACUAUGACUCAAAAUCAAUAGAAUCUCGUAUGGCGGCCAAUAUAACUCAAGAUUUGGGAAUUAACGAAACAAAUGAAACUUCGUAUCAAGAAUCCGGAUAUAAUCAAGCCGAAACCAUCAUCAUAACGAUCAUCUUAGUGAUAAUAAUAGUCGGAACAAUCGUGGGCAAUAUUCUGGUGUGUGUUGCUGUGUGUCUGGUGCGAAAACUACGCCGCCCUUCCAACUACCUCCUGGUGAGUUUGGCCGUGAGCGAUCUUUGCGUGGCCAUCCUCGUCAUGCCCAUGGCUAUGAUCUAUGAGAUUAAAGGUCGGUGGAUCUUUGGAGAAGUCGUCUGCAACCUCUGGGUCUCUUUUGAUGUACUCAGCUGCACGGCCUCCAUCCUCAACCUCUGCAUGAUUAGCGUGGAUCGUUAUUACGCCAUCACCAAACCGCUGGAAUACGGCGUCAAACGCACUCCGAAGAGGAUGAUCCUCUGGGUGAUCUUGGUGUGGUGCUUCGCCGCGUGUAUUUCGCUUCCUCCACUUCUCAUCAUCGGAAAUGAACAUUCCGAAAAGGAAGAAAACGGAGAUAUAAAUAAAGAAGUUUGUUUAGUUUCACAAGAUUUUGGUUAUCAGUUGUACGCGACUUUGUGUAGUUUUUAUAUACCGUUGACUGUGAUGAUGGUGGUGUAUUAUAAAAUAUUUCGGGCUGCGAGGAAAAUUGUUAUGGAAGAAAAAAGGGCUCAGAGUCAUCUAGAAUCACAUUGUUAUUUAGAGAUUAGUGUGAAGAAUGGCGGAGGACCGCCGGAAAAUAAGAUUUCUAGUCAAUCGCCUUCUCCGGCUAAUCCUUCGAAAAUUAAUCACAGGUCUAGUUCGGCUAGUACAAAUACCAUGUGCAGUCUGGACAAGAGCAGCUUAGGUCGUUGUUUUAAAUCUCGACACAGCAACGAGUCUCAGUGUCCUAUGCUGAGUAACAAAGCACCGAUCAAACAAACCACCAAAGAUAAACAACAAAAGUCCAGCCUUCUGGCAUCGAUGAAGUCCUCGCCGAACACCAACUCUUCAAAUCAAAAGAAGCUUCGCUUUCAACUGGCGAAGGAACGGAAAGCCAGCACCACUUUAGGGAUCAUUAUGAGUGCUUUUACGAUUUGUUGGUUGCCGUUUUUUGUGUUGGCUUUAGUAAGGCCGUUUUUAAAAACUACUCAUAUGCUAAAGACUUUGGGAAGUCUUUUCUUGUGGUUAGGUUAUGCUAAUAGUUUAUUUAAUCCAAUUAUUUACGCGACACUAAAUCGGGACUUCCGGAAGCCUUUCCAAGCUAUUCUUUAUUUUCGAUGUGGAAGUUUAAACCAUAUGAUGAGAGAAGAGUUUUACCACAGCCAAUAUGGAGAUCCCGAUCAUCAUGUUUCCACUAGAUGCCAUUUAGAUUACGAAGAGGGAGUCGAAUAUAUUGAAGCUGAAGGAGACGAUGUCAAGACUCCAGAAAUUAAUGCAGCACACGAAUCGUUUCUAUGAUCUAGCGAUUAAUAUUAACAAGUCGGAAGAUUUUUUUUUAUUAAAAACUUUGUGAAGGAGCGUCUGCUUUUCCAUGCUAAAAAUAGUGAUAUUUCUAGCAGAACGCAAACACAAUUUGGUUUGGCAUAAUUUUUUAUGACUAAAAAAAUUGAAAAAUUUUGAUUGAUUUAGGCUGCAUCAACUUUAUUUUUUUUAAGUGUGAAUAAUGGUUGUUAAAAACAUCAGUCGUGUUUCCGCUGACUUCCAUACUAAACGAGCUUUUGUUUUCGUUGAAUUAUUAAAAUCUGGCUUGGAGGAUGAAUGUAUGUUGGAAAAUGUUAAAAAUAACACAAAAGUACAAAACUACGAGUAUGUGUGUUUUUAACAUUAUCAAUUUUUGUGUCUCUAGGUUUAAGCGUUCAUUAUCGUCAUGAAAUUAUUCUGUUUAGAGUGAUUUUUUAUCAUAAAUGAUAAUUUGCUACGUAAAAAAUUUAAGCAGAGUGCGAAAGCAUCUGUAAAUAAAACUUCGACUAUAGAGUUUAUUGAAUAUAUGAUUUCAAUAUAAAGAAAUUUGAAUUCUUUUUAUUAAUUGAUUUCUGUUAACUCAGUAAAAUCUUAUUGCAAUGUGGGAUUUCGAUGCAAUUCAUCGAAAAGUUUUAUUAAAUUCCGUCAGGAAGAAAGCUCUUUCUCGACCCUUUUGUGUUUGUAAAUGGUCUAUUAUAUUAUGACCUUCCUUUGUAGAACUAUUUAAACCUCUUACUUUACUCCACCAUCAAAUUCUUACUCAUUUUUGUCUAAUUUUAAUUUUAUAUAUACAGAAUGUGCCAGAACUCGCGCCCCAGAGAAAAAUUCCAUGUAAGGUGAGAUACCAGGAACAUGGAAAAAAUAUUACAAAAAUUUUAUCUAUACAAAUUUCAACGUUAUGAGAGUCUGAAUUUUGCACUUUGACAUUUAUUGCUCUUAGAAAAAUAAUUAUCCUAAUUUUUUUGCUAUAGGGCUAUUAGAAGAGGAAACA